CUCAUAUGGAGUGGAAGCUCGAUGUUUCCCGAAAGACAUUAUCAAGACUUCAAGGUCCAACAAACAUCAGAAGGUCCAAUCUUGACCUUCAUGGUUGGGCAAAGUGAUGUUCCAAAUGCGCCACUUCCCAGCGGAGGUGCUGUCAUCCUGGAUGCUUCUUAUCAGAUGAGGUCGAACUUCUCCGUACGAGGCGGAUCUUUCAACUUGCAUGAAUUCUCCAUCAUCAAUUCUGGAGCCUCUGCAAUCCUCGUAGGCAAAUUCGACUUCAUGGCCGAGGCCCACUUUGAGGAUUCGCAAACAAACUGGUCGGGAGCCGUUCUUGAAAACUUCUUUCAGGAACUCCAAUUGCCUUCUGAGGCAGUGGCUUUUCAGUGGAAGGCGUUCGAGCAUCUGUCACUCCUGGAAUCCACGGUACCUAGACCAAACGAUUCUUCUUGGGACUUCAUGCAUAUGAACUCCGUUGACAAGAAUGAGGAUGGCAACUUCCUGGUCUCCGGACGGCAUGCCGAUACGAUUUAUCUCGUUUCGGGCGACAACGGUACUGUCCUUUGGCGUCUCGGCGGAGUCAUAUCGGAUUUCGAGCUGCGUGACUUCACCUUCUCGCGUCAACACGACGCACGCUGGCGCGAGCAGAACGAAACGCACGUGAUCUUAUCCUUCUUCGACAAUGCGGCAUAUGACAAUGACAAUUCCGUGUCGACAGCAGAGGCAUCCUCUUUGAUGGUGGUAGCUUUGCAUAAGAUCGAGAGGAUUGCCACUGUCGUUGAGCGGCAUCCACGCCCUGGUGGCGGACACACUACCUCUCGAGGGAACAUGCAGUUUCUGGAAAAUGGCAACCGCCUCGGAUGCUGGAGCGAGAACGCGAGACUUAGCGAGCAUACUCGGAGUGGCGACAUCGUAUUUGAGGCUCAGUUCGCCUCGGAUCGUUUUAGCACGUAUCGUGGCUAUAAGUUUCACUUCAAGGCGAGUCCAGCAAGCACACCGGCGAUCAAGGCAUUCGCCUCCUCUACGCAGUAUGAAGGUGUAACGACAGUCGUAUACGUAAGCUGGAACGGAGCGACUGAAGUGGACCAAUGGCGACUGUACUCGGCGGAGAAUGGAGAGGAGAGUGCUAUCUUGCGUGGCCAGGAGCAGAAGACCGGGUUCGAGACGUCGUUCGUGGUAAGAGGAUUCCACCCUUUUGUAUUCGUGGAGGCUGUGAGCAGCGAUGGUCGCUCGCUCGGAAACUCAUCGUUGGAGUCCACCGAACUGCCUCUGGGAUGGCAUGGUCGGGGCUUC